AUGACGCUAAAUGAGUCGAAAUCACCAGGUCCAGACGACAUACCGCCUAAGAAACUGAAGGAGCUCGCUGCCGAAUUAGCCAAACCAUUGUCCAUGCUUUUUCAAGCCUCGUUCGAGGCCGGCUGCUUGCCCGCCGACUGGAAAUCUGCGCGGAUCACACCACUGUGUAAAUGUGGCAGCAAGGUCUCUGCAAACAACUAUAGACCAAUUAGCCUCACCUCCAUCUGCUGCAAAAUCAUGGAAAAAAAUAAUCAAGCGAGAGCUGAUGCGCUUCCUAGAGCAGCAUAAUUUAUUAUCUGAUGCGCAGCAUGGGUUUCGUAGUAGUAGGUCUUGCGUGACUAACUUGCUCAGCUGUUUGGAACCUUGAACUCGGUCAUUUGAUCAAGGCGAUGGGCUGAACGUGGUCCAUAUCGACUUUAAAAAGGCAUUUGAUAGCGUUCCACAUCAGCGACUCCUGCACAAACGGAGCCGAACAGGCGUUAGGGGUAACCUCUUAAAAUGGAUUCAAAACAUCCUAUUAGACCGCUCUCAAACUGUCCAUGUCGGUGGCCAGCAGUCGACGGAGGUUGCCGUUGAAAGCGGUGUUCCCCAAGGCUCAGCUCUUGGUCCCAUUCUGUUCAUUAUUUACGUCAGCGACUGCGUGAAUGAACUGGAUUGUGGUGUCGCCAUGUUUGCGGAGGACAUUAAGCUCUGGAGCGUUAUUCGAAAUGCAGAUGACGAACAGCAUUUGCAGGCGAACCCAAACCGACUACAACAGUGGUCAAAGGCCUGGCGUCUGCCGUUCAAUGAGAAAAAGUGCAAUAUUCUACGAGUCGGCAGAGCUCGCCCCCCGAACCAUAUGGCCUACUGUCUGCAUGGUAUACCACUGCAAGAAGUGGACUCGCAGAAGGACUUGGGAGUAUAA